UUACACAACCAUUUUAUAGAAUAACACUCAUAUACGCUUGUAUGCAGUUUAGUGCGUUAUAAAUCAAUUAAUUAAGAUGUAUUUUGUUGUAUUUUGCCAUGAUUGGUGUGCGACUGUGCCAGCAUGUUGGUUAAAUCUUAAAAUACAUAAAGUACAAUGGCCCCCGAAAACUAGUAAUCCAACGAUGGAAUCUAAAAAAGCGACUAAUCCAAAAGAUAAUUGGGCAGUCAUCAAAUACACAAGAGUGUUAGGACCGUAUAGUAAUUACGAAACUGCCAGAGCAGUAGAAAUUGCUGCUGUUGAUUUAUCGACUAACGAUGAUGAAGAGCCAUUACAAAACAUUACUAAUCAAAGUGAUCAACUUCCGCAGAAACGCCUUCGAAAAAAACCGGCACAUUUAAUUUCAUCUGAUGAAGAAGAUGCUGAUAAUGAAUCGGAGACCAUUACAACUAAAAUUAAAAAAAAUAUUCCCAAACCUACAUUUGCAUAUAAUGUUGAUCACAAAGAACAAAAAAAUUUGGUGGAAUCUAAAGCAAAAGGUCCAACAAAUGCCUCUAAAUGUCAGAAAGUAAAGAAUAUUGAAGAUGAAAAUAUAUAUUUGGAGCCUGACAAUAACAAUAACCAUAAGGAUGAUGAAUUACUCGAAGACACAGAACUCUUGGAUUACGGAAAUUAUUUUGCAGACCCAGUACAAUCUGAAAAAGCUAUUGAUUUAAAAAAAGUCAAACCUGUUAAUAAAUGUGACAAAAAUCUCAAUUCUGAUUCAGUUUAUUUCCAACCACGCAAGGAUGUUAAAAUUAUUCAUAGUAUUAAAACCAAUAUACCAAUACGUGUAGUAAGCCAAGAAAAGCCUGAGUCUUCUCAUGUUUCUUCAGUUGUAAAGCAAAAAACUACUGCUGCUACUGUUAAGGAUCCAUCCUCCACGAAGUGUCAUACACAUUGUUGUUCUGCAUGUCGUCUCAAUAUUGAAAGAAUAUUGCAUAAACUUGAAGCUUUAAGUAUGUUUCUUAUGGACUCUAAUCACAUUAAUGAAAAUCCGCAAAAUGCUAAUGCCCUACCACAAUUUCCUAUACAAAAUAUAGAAAGUUUAAAGGCAUUUAAUAAAUUAUUAGAUGACGAUGCAGGAGCACGUAAUCAAUAUAAAAAGAUGAUUCAGAUGAGAGGUGGCAGAGAUGUUAAGAAACAUAUCCGUCAAAUACCAUAUUAAACGACGAUUUGGCAUGCAAACUAUCGUGGACAGGUCAAAAAAAAACGAUCGGAGUCAAAGACAUGAAAUUUGUUGAUGUUUUUGUAGAAGCCAUGAUCGCUUCGGAGGCUUGCACCAUUCAUGAGGUCCAGACAAUAAUACAAAGCUGGCUUCAGCAUGCCGGUGAUCGCGUUCGAUACCAUGAAAAAAAACACAA